AUGUCUGAUUAUUUAAAUGAAAAUCCUGAUGUAUUGGAAACAAACCAACUUCCAACAAGAGAAGAAGAUGAUGAAUUGAAUAAUUAUCUAUCAAAUGGUAUACAAAAUAAAAAUGGAUUGGAAAGAAGAAAAUUAUUACUAAAGAUGGAUAGAUCCUUAGAAUCCCAAGUCCUGAAGGAUGUUGAAUUAUUAGAUAGAUUAUUACUUCUGAAUUCUAUAACGGAAUCAACAUCAGAUGAAGAAUCCGAUGAAAAUCUUAAAUCACUCACACAAUCUACACAUCUUAUCCAGGACACGAUAGAUCCUAUUGAUGCUCAAGAAAUUUACGAUCUUACGGCAUACAUUCAAGAUCCAGAACAUCCUUUAACUUUGGGUCAAUUAUCUAUUGUUAAUUUGGAAGAUAUUCAAGUUCAUGACACAGGAAACCAAAAAGAAAUGGCUGAAGUUGUUAUUCAUAUAACUCCAACUAUUACUCAUUGUUCUUUAGCUACAUUAAUUGGUCUUGGAAUAAGAGUAAGAUUAGAGAGAGCAUUACCACCAAGAUUUAGAAUUACAAUUCUAUUAAAGAAGGGCACUCAUCAAAGUGAAAAUCAAGUAAACAAACAAUUAAACGAUAAGGAGCGUGUAACUGCUGCUUGUGAAAAUGAACAGUUAUUAAAUGUUGUUUCCAACAUGUUAAGCACUUGCAAAUAA